UUUCCAAAGUGUACUCUCUAUUUUAAAACUUGAUAUUUUCUCUUAGAGAUGGAAUAUCUGUUCAGAAGGAGUGGACGGGUCUAGAAAUAGUUAUCAAAAGUGACGCCUUUUUUUUUUUAACUUAAAAGUUGAAACUUUAUGAAACAUGAAAGAAAACCACUAAGAGAUAUAGAACUUGUAUAUCUAGGUUGGAAAUCAGUGGGAAGAAUUUGUGAAAUUUUAUGUAAUCAAAUAUGUUUUGUUUAGCCUCUGCUUCGUUUCAGGGGUAUUAUAGACCCCAGUAUGUGCUUAGCUGAAAAAAAGGGAAUGGAAUCCUACACAAAAUUGAAGCUUUGUAUCAAACCACAUACCCAGAAUAUCUCCAGUACAUUUACUUGGUGGCACCAAUAUCUCUUAUGAUGUUGAACCCUAUAGGAUUUAUCUUCUGUGAAAUCCAGAAGUGGAAAGACACUCAAAAUGCUUCUCAAAACAAAGUGAAAAUUGUGGGACUUGGACUUCUGCGUGUAUUACAGAACCCAAUAGUAUUUAUGGUUUUCAUUGGCAUUGCCUUCAAUUUUAUUCUUGAUCAAAAGGUGCCCAUAUACAUGGAAAAUUUUCUUGAUGGACUUGCAAAUUCUUUCUCGGGAGCAGCUCUAUUUUAUCUUGGUCUUACAAUGGUGGGGAAAAUAAAGAAACUGAAGAAGUCAGCAUUUGUUGUACUAAUUCUUCUCAUCACAGCUAAACUCCUGGUGCUCCCACUUCUGUGCAGAGAAAUGGUGGAACUCUUGGACAAGGGCGACAGUGUAGUGAACCAUACAAGUUUAUCAAAUUAUGCAUUUUUGUAUGGUGUCUUUCCUGUAGCACCAGGAGUGGCUAUCUUUGCAACACAGUUCAACAUGGAAGUAGAGAUUAUAACCUCAGGGAUGGUAAUAAGCACAUUUGUGUCUGCGCCAAUCAUGUACGUUUCUGCCUGGUUACUAACCUUUCCUACUAUGGACCCUAAGCCAUUGGCAUAUGCCAUCCAGAAUGUUAGUUUUGAUAUAAGUAUUAUCAGCCUUGUCUCCUUGAUUUGGUCUCUGGCUAUUCUUCUUUUGAGUAAGAAAUACAAACAGCUCCCACAUAUGCUUACAACUAAUUUACUCAUCGCACAGUCUAUUGUCUGUGCUGGAAUGAUGAUAUGGAAUUUCGUUAAAGAAAAAAAUUUUGUUGGACAGAUUCUGGUGUUUGUUUUAUUGUACAGCUCCCUGUAUAGCACCUACCUGUGGACAGGCCUUCUGGCAAUUUCUUUGUUUCUUUUGAAAAAGAGAGAGAGUGUACAAAUUCCUGUUGGAAUCAUCAUAAUAUCUGGCUGGGGAAUUCCUGCUCUCCUUGUUGGUGUUCUUCUGAUAACUGGAAAACAUAAUGGAGAUAGCAUUGACUCAGCCUUCUUCUAUGGAAAGGAGCAGAUGGUCAUCACAGCAGUCACCCUGUUCUGCAGCAUCGUGAUAGCUGGCAUAUCACUCAUGUGCAUGAACCGCACCACCCAAGCAGGACGCUAUGAAGGGUUCGACCAGUCUCAGAACCACAAAACAGCAGAGCCUGGGAACGCUGCCUUUGAGGAGAGUCCAGGGUCAGCAAACGAACCAGAACCUUUUACAAGUUCUAUCCCAGAAACAGGUUGUUGCUCCUGCUCCAUGGGAAAUGGUGGAUCACACUGCCCGUCCGUUGAGCCGGUAGCAAACACAAGCACCAGUGGGCUUGUGACUCCUUCAUUUGAGAAAAAUGAUCAUUGUGUGAGUCGCUGUAACUCCCAGAGCUGCAUGUUAGUCCAGGAAGAGGAGCAGUAUCUACAGAGCGGAGAUCAGCAACUGACUCGACACGUGUUGCUGUGUUUACUUCUCAUUAUUGGCCUGUUUGCUAAUCUUUCCAGUUGUUUAUGGUGGCUAUUCAACCAAGAACCUGGAAGGCUCUAUGUUGAGUUACAGUUUUUCUGUGCUGUAUUUAACUUUGGCCAGGGAUUUAUUUCCUUUGGCAUCUUUGGAUUGGACAAACAUUUAAUCAUUCUGCCUUUCAAAAGAAGACUUGAAUUCCUAUGGAAUAAUAAAGAGACUGCAGAAAAAAGGGGUUCUCCUGUUCCUGAGGAAAUAAAAAUGACCUGUCAACAAUUUAUCCAUUAUCACCGUGACCUCUGUAUCCGAAACAUUGUCAAGGAAAGAAGGUGUGGUGCAAAGACGUCUGCCGGGACCUUCUGUGGCUGUGACCUGGUGAACUGGCUCAUUGAAGUUGGCCUUGCCUCUGACCGCGGUGAAGCUGUGAUAUAUGGAGAUAGACUGGUGCAAGGGGGAGUCAUCCAACAUAUCACCAACGAGUAUGAAUUUCGGGAUGAGUACUUGUUUUAUAGAUUUCUUCAAAAGAGUCCUGAACAGAGUCCCCCUGCUAUUAAUGCAAACACGCCCCCACCGGAAAGAUAUAAAGAGAUUGAGCAUUCAUCCCCAUCCCCUAGGACCUAAGUUAUGAAGGAGACAACCCUGGGCCAUAUUCUAGCCCCAGAUCUGUUUCUUAUAAGCUGUGUGACCUUGGGCAAAUCACAACCUCUCUGAAUCUCAGUUGCCUCAUCUGUAAAAUUCGGUGAGAUGUGUUCCUACCCCAUGCGAACAUUUUGUGAUUUCAUGUGUAUGGAAAACUCACAGGAAACUAACUUAGGAAAAAGAGAAAACCAAGUCAAAAUUUAAAGUUCUGAUAGUAAGUAUAAUAAAUACUAUAAGCCAGUUAUGUCAGCAUUUUAAAAUAUUGCUCCCUGCAUCUGUUUGCUAUAAUUUCAAAGUUGACAUCCAAUGUACUUGUGCUUUAAAUCGCCAAAUUUGGCAAGUAUACUGCUGGCAGGAAAUGGACCUUAAAUUAUGACAACUUUGCACUUACUGAUAGCAUCUCCUGAAAAAGAAUUUUAAUGAUUCUGAUAAAAGGCCUCCUUAUUCUGUUUUUCCCAUUUUCUUGACAAAUAGCACUCAUUAAAACUAGAAGCAAUAUUUUUUUAAGUUCAUUUUUUUCUUGCUUUUGUAUCCGAAGUACUAAUCUGUGCCACACGAGGCAAAUAAGAACCACCAUAAAUAUUAUCUUCAAAAUCUAUCAACAGAAGUGUAAUCUUUAACUUUUGUACUAAAGAUAAUUUCACCAGUUCUGUUUAAAUUUUAUCAACAAAAUUAUUUUCAUAUAUCAAUUCUGGUGUCUGCACAAAGCAUUACAGUGCAGAAGGAUAGCCCUAUCAAUAUAUUUCCUGUAGUUAAAAAGAAAAAAAACUAUAUAGUUCAAGUCAAGAUUUAAAAACAUCCUUUUACAUCUAGAAUUUAGUCUUUUUAAAGUAUCCAUGUAUAAAAAUCUAUAAACUUGAAAAUUAUUCAGUGUUGCCCUCAGAUAAGCUUUAUCUCCAGAAAAUUAAAAUGAGAUCUAUUCACGUGAUCUUUGAACCUCUGCUUAAUUAUUAGGUGUUAGUGCUGGUUUAACUUAUUUAAAACAUGUUUCAAGUAUUUAUUUUUCUCAUACUUUUAAUGUCUCAUGUAAAAGCCAUUUAGAGAAUAAUUUAUAGAUUUAAAUCAUUGUCCUUUUAAUGCAACAAAUAUGUAAUUUAAAAAAAAAAAAAACCUGCAUGGAAGCCUGGUGUAUUUAAUGAGUAAAUUACACUUUAUUGUGUAGUAUUAACCUCUACCAACCUUAUGUUAUAAUUAGGGGAUGGGGAUGUUUUUUCAGCAGAACUAUGUUGCUGCAAGACUUUUUUUUUUUU